GCUGGAGAUUUUUUUGUUUGCGAUAAGAAAAUCAAUUGCUCUCCGCUCAACUUUCGGCUUCUUCGUCCCACUUCCUGUCAUUUUUCUUUCGGCAAUCUUUGAGUGAAUUUUCUCCUUGAAGAUAUAUCAAGAUGUCGACCGACGCCGACAACAAUGCGCAAGAGUCGCAAUUCCAGAACAUCGGAGAUCUCGUCGAGCGCAACGACGAGACAGGUGUGAUGAGUGUGGAGUCCCUCUGCAUGAACUGCCACGAAAACGGAACUACUCGAAUCCUUCUACUGCGCGUGCCUUUCUUCAAGGAUAUCGUGGUGGACUCGUUCUACUGCGAGCACUGCGGCUUUGCCAACAACACCGUGAAGCCUGCUGGCCCCAUCUCGCCCCUCGGUUUGAAAUAUACCCUCGAUGUGAAUGACCCCAACGACCUUCAGCGUCAAGUCAUCCGAUCCGAUGCUGCUACAUUCAAGCUCGACACUCUGGGAAUUGAGAUGCCCAAGGGCGGAGAAAUCAGCAACGUGGAGGGAAUGAUCCAGCGCAUGCACGAGUCCCUCUCCAGCGAGCAGCCGCUCCGCAAGGAGCAGGCCCCUGAGCUCCACGAUGCUCUCGAGCCCCUCAUUCAGAAGCUGCAGGAGAUCCUGGACCGCAAGUUCUUCCCUUUCACCAUCACACUCGAUGAUCCCACCGGAAACUCUUGGAUCGCUCCCAACCCUAGCGACAAGACCAACUACCGCCGCGUGGAGUACCCCCGUACUCACGAGCAGAACGAGGAACUUGGUAUUACCGCCGAGCCUACCGAGCAGGCUGCUAACAACGCUCUUGAUAUGGGCAACCCCGAGGAUUCCGAGAUUGUCGAUGGCCAGGUCUACACUCUGCCCGCAGAGUGCCCUAGCUGCGCCCGUCCCGUUGCGCUCAAAAUCAAGAAGGUCUCGAUUCCCUACUUCAAGGACGUCCUGAUCAUGGCUAGCUCCUGCGCUCCGGAGGAUGGUGGCUGCUCCUACAAGCAGAACGAGGUCAAGGUCGGCGGAGAGAUCCCUGAGAAGGGUCGCCGCAUCACCCUGCGGGUCGAGAACACCACUGAUCUCAACCGUGACGUGCUGAAGUCCGGUACCUGCGCUCUGCACAGCGAGGAGCUUGAGCUUUACCUCGGCGCAUCUUCAAUCUCCAGCCGCUUCACCACCGUUGAGGGCCUUCUUACCGACAUGCGCAAGCAAUUGCACGGAAACCUCUACGAUCUUGGCUCUGGAGGUGGUGACAGCAUGGACACCUCUGAUAAGGAGAAGUGGGCUCGCUUCUUUGAGCGCCUCGACCAAGCUAUCAACGGCGAACUGAAGUUCACCAUUACCUUGGAGGACCCCCUGGCCAACAGCUAUGUUCAGGAUCUGUGCUCGCCCGCCAAGGAUCCCCAACUCGACAUCGUUGAGUACGAACGUACCGAUGAGGAGAACGAGGAGCUCGGCUUGAACGACAUGAAGACCGAGGGCUACGAGGAGGACGCGAAGGCCGAGGCGAAGGCCGAGGAAGAGCACAAGGCAUGAACGCAUCCCUAAUGGUUAAAAAUUUCUCUCUUAUCAUUGUGGUAACGACAUUCGAUAUCCUUAUUUUACGAUGCAUGGCGUCUACUGGUUGGUUAGUUUCUUUUUGUCGAUAGAUUUCUGUUGGUGUGUUGAUAAAAAAGCUUUAUAUUUCUUAUCACUUUGGACUUGUAUUUGUAGUUGCCUUUCCCCUUGAGGAUGAGGGAGAAAUACAUUCCAAAUAGAGGUUGACCCCCCCCUCAAGGUAUAUGCACCGUAGACCACCGCUUCCGUAGACUCAAUGGAGAGCAUUCCAAGGCGGCGGGGCCACUCCCGAAGCCGGAGUUGAUGAAUGAGUCGCUAGCUGUGGCAUGCGUAAUGGGUACUCGGUGUUAGUGGCGCAUGGUGAUAGCCAGUCGAGGGCCUCAAGGACCUUGAACCAAGAGGUUCAGUUCAGGUGAUGUCAUGGAUGCCAGGGCUUUGUUAAAUCCCCACGAGAGACAUCGGGAUAAUAUCGUGUCGAGAUCCUUAAAUUCACGUCGCGAAGGGGUUGGCAUGAAUUGUAACGCUCUUAAUCAUAAGAGGCUCGAAGUCAUCUCCUUCCUUGGGUUGAGAGACCUUUCCCUUCUUAUCGACCUUUGCAUUCGCCUUCUCCAACUUGGAAAGCACAUCUCCACCCUCGUCUUGAGCAGACAAAUUCAACACCUUUCCAAAAACAGUACUCGCUCCAUCGAGAUGUGGUGCUGGCGCAAAUGUGAUAAAGAAUUGGCUUCCGUUGAUGGUCGCACCGGUUGCAUUUUGCGAGCCGGGCGCCGUCUUAUCCUUGACAGGGCGGGAGGCCAUGGACAGGAUACCGCGCGCAUUAUGUCGUAGUGCAGGGAGGUGAAUUUCUUGGUUCAGCGCCGAGGGGUGGAAUAUGGAUGUGCCGCCCUUCGGGAUGUCGUGCGAGAGUACGGGCUUGCUGGUGGAUGAUUGUUGCGCGGCUGGGCCGAGGGAGAUGUCACCACCUUGAAUCAUAAAGCCGGGAAUCAGGCGGUGGAAGGGUGUUUCAUUGUAUGCGCCGCAUGCGCAGAGGGCGAUGAAGUUCUCGGCGGUUUGGGGGACUGCUUCGCAGAAUAGCUCGACCUUGAGGUCGCCUUGUG